ACUUCCCUUAUUCAUAUUGUGGUCACGAGUUAUCGAUAUUUUGCCGGCAUCACUUCCCGGUAAGCUGUCUAGACGAGGAAGUCUGUAUAGGGAGGGAGACUGAGCACCAGAGAAGAAAUGAAACCGUUUGAAAAGGUCUUCACAUUUGCAGUGUUGUUUUUGGUGUUUGUUUGUUGCAAUGGAGCCCCAAAACCCCCCAGGAUCAUACCGCCGUUGAACCCAAAAGCUCCAGAGAAACUGCCGGCCAACAAGACAUGCAGUGUUCUCGUCAUAGGUGGAGGGGUAGCCGGCCUCUCCGCGGCCACCGAGUUAGCUCAGAAAGGCUUCACGGUGACGGUACGCGAGGCAGCAGCCAGUGCUGGUGGACGUCUGGCCACGAGGAAGAUCAAAGCCCUCAAUCAGACAUUCUCCGUCUCCAACAUGUUUGCCAGCUGGAUGCACAACCACUACCAGUUUCAUGACAUACUGGCAAGACUUGGCGUCGGACAGAACUUCCAGCCAUGGGAAAAGAUAGACUACUACUUCAAGACGUACAAACCUGAAGAGAUUUAUAACAAGAAUAGCUAUCCCUGGAACAUUGUUGGCAUGAUGUAUCGAAGUAAGAAUAUCCAUAUCACAGACGCCGCUUUGGCCAUUUUUAGAUCAAGCGACCUCAGGGAUUACGACUACGACAAGGUAUUUCAGAGCACUGAUGGAGAAUCAUUCCAGGAAUGGAGAGCGAAGACGAAAAUUCCACAAGAUGUUUACGAUAUUUUGUUUGAGCCGCUCGUCGCCGAAUGCAGGAACAACCCGAAUGAUACAAGUGCGGCAGAAAUGUUGACAUAUUUCCAGAUCUACUACAUGUCUGACAAAGAUGCUGACGAGGCAAUGAGAAGCGUAGCCAAUGUGACCUACGAUCGAGCCUUCCUUAACAGCUGGGUUAACAAUCUUACACAGACAAAGAAAGUCAAGUUCGAUUAUGGCAAGCAGGUCUCUGAAUUGGAAUUCAUGCCGACCAGCGGUUCCUCGUCCAAUGUGACGUCAGACAACAUAGCUCCUGGCGAACGCUACAAAUACGUCAUCAUGGCCACUGACCUUCUGAAUGCCAAGGCAAUACUGAAAAACUCAAUGAAUGACAACACAGGAGUGCCUGGGGUCUAUGGCCCUCUCUCUGAUAUGAUGAGCACUUUGCAUAAUCUGGAACCGGCGGCUCCGUAUAAGAUUCUCCGAGUAUGGUACGACAAACAGCCCAACAAGGACCGUCCGGCCGUCAUAAACACACCGGAUAUGACGCCAUUGAACCUAGUGGUACAACACCACCUAUUGGUCGACGAAUACAUCAAGUGGGCGAAGAAGAGUAAUGGUUCUAUGAUCGAGUACCAGCUGAAUCAAUGGACUUUCGGUGACAUGAAUGCGACAGAAGUCCUGCAGCGAAUCCAACGAUCAAUCAAAUUAGUCUUCCCUGAAUUGAUAUCCAACAAGGCAAAGGUUUUGUUUACAAGUCUUGACACGUUUCAGAAAACGCCCUCUUUUGCCACAAAUAUGGAAAAGUUACGUCCCACGACUGCAUUUUCUGUGAGCUUCGGGAUCCCGAAUCUGUUCAUGGCCGGUGAUUGGCUGCGGACGACCUAUCCAGCAGCACUGAUGGAAAAGGCUGUUUCUACUGGACGAGAGGCAGCCAAUCAGAUCUUCCUGAAAGAAGGCGUCCGACAGGUGGCACUCAAGGUGACGUCAUCCAAAGGGCCAGGAUGGUUGUAGACAUAACGAAAUAUACAGACUUUUUGUUUUCAAUGAACGUACGUAUAGGCGUAUCUGUGUUAACUGACAACUAUUAUUGUGACAACUCUAAACGGAAUAGGCACACCCCGGUCCUGAUUGUUUCUUCACAGGGCCUGAUUGUUCCAAACAUUAAGUUAAAAGGUUGAUUUUCUUGUAUAGUUUUGCGCCAAGCAAUAGCUCAACUUCCGGCAACAUUUACAAAAUUUCUGAUACAGUAUAUAUCUUACGUAUAUCAAUCAUCUUAAUGAAAAUUUUUACCGCGCUAAUUCGCAUCCGUCAAGUUCCGUGUAUAUACCCCAGAAUUAACUGCGUCAGGGGCGUACUAUAUCUGCCGGCAAAAUAAAGACAACGAAAGUUAGGUGACAGGUGACGCCGGUCCUGUUACUUUUCCGAAAUAUUUCAACCUGUAGUAAUCCGUAACUGCUGCUGGUGCGCCGUAACCUUUAUGAAGCUUGCACGUUUUGCCCGAAGAGGCCAUUCGGAAAGCCAGACAAUCGCCGUCCUCAGUGCAAGCAUGGGCGCAGAGGAGCGUCGACCUGAUGUAGCUGUAGUCGGUGGCGAUGGCAUCUCCUACCAGAGUAUCGCUCGUCUUCUUGAACUUGAAGGCAGCGUAAUUCACUGAUUGUGCUGAAAAAGUAGAUAACAAGAGGGUACAUUAUCAUAAAAAAUCAACUCUGUAGGUUCGACAACUAUAAGUUUGAUGGCUCUCAAUCCUGAUUUCCUUUGGAUGGACUCGCCAAAUGAACUUUCUAUCAUCUAUCAAUGAACGUUUAUCUCGUCAAAGUGCUUUCUGACUUGGCCAUUCAAAACUGCCACUUUGAUUACACCUAUCGUUUCUUGAGUUGAUGGACAAUGGUGAAAUACGGCGUGGUGCUGUCAACCUACCGUCAUUGAUCCCACUCGGUACGGAGAGUGUUACGCUCGAGAUAGUAUUAUCGAAUACAAUUUCCUGUGGGUUCGCCUCGGUAAGGUCAGUACCGAAGAGCGUGUAGGAGAGGUCCGUGUUGAUCAAGGCCACCUGAGAUAAAACGUAUGAAGGGCUUGAGUCCAGUCUGCCUGAGUCCUAACGUUUGACAUAAGGAUGGAGUGAUGACUUUUAUUGGCGCCAUCAUCAUAUAGAGCCGGGAUUGUUCGGAGUGGGUACCAAUCGGCAUGCUACGGUAUAAGUGCUGAUUGUAAUAAUAUAACUGUAAUCUAUA